ACAGCAUGGAUUGUGCAAAACGCAAGCGUUACGUCCAGUGGAUUUCAACAGAAAAUGGAGAAGACUACCGAGAGUCUGACUCCAUGUUUACUUUGCGUUUGCAAGCCCGAGCGGUUGGCCGAAAAUUUACAGCAGUACGGAAAUACAUUCAGCCGUCCCCUGCUUCCUUGCCAGAGGCUGACAUCACGGAGGGGCAAUGGAGGUCCACGGCAGCACUGCGCUUCCCCUGGGCCUGGAGAGGGAGAGCCAGGAACCGCCCCCACACCAACCCCCUUCCUUUCCCACAGUCAACAGGAAGACCCAGGACCCAGACAGGGAGAAGGGGCAGAGACCGAGACGGAGAAGGAGACGGCCGGGGGAACAAAAAAGGGAGCUAGACAAGAAGAAAAAAGCAGGCAAGGAGAGGAAAACCACAGGAAGGAGGGAAUGAGAAAAGAAAGUGUCUAAAGAGAGAAAGAGGAGAGGAAAACAGUGGAGCAGAGCAGCUUCUCUUUAGUUUUAGUUUUAGUGUGGAGGAGGGGGAGCAAUCGGACGGCGUGACAAUGGCUGCCUGUUCUUCGAGGAGAUCUACCCAGCGCCUGAGCCGGGACCUGACCUGUUCCAUCUGCCUGGACCUCUUCAAACAGCCCGUCUCCCUCCCGUGUGACCACACCUUCUGCCAGGCCUGCAUCACCAGCUACUGGACCGGCCCAGCCUGCCAGGCUGGCUCGGCCUCCUGCCCCCAGUGCCGCACCGCGUUCCCCGGACAGAGCUUCCGGCCCAACCGGAUAGUGGCCAAUAUCGUGGAGAGCUACUGCCAGGCCCUGGAGGAGAGCGGGCAGCCGUGCCGGGCAGCCCCCCAGGCCCCGCCGCCCCCCCUCUGUCUGCGCCAUCGCGAGGAGCUCAAGCUCUACUGCGAGGAGGACCAGGAGCUGGUCUGCCUGGUGUGCGGGAUUUCCCAGGAGCACCGGAGCCACACGCUGGUCAGCAUCGAGGAUGCACAGCACCGAUUCAGGGCGUCACUGAACAGCUCCAUGACGGCGCUACAGGCGGAGCUGAAGGCUGCUCUGCAGUGUGAGAGUGAGGCAGAGCAGGAGGUGACGAAGCUGAAGGAGCACACAGCGGACCUGAAGCACCGCAUUGAGGCGCAGUUCUCCGACCUGCACCAGUUCCUGUACCAGGAGGAGAAGCUGCUGCAAGUGAAGCUGAAGACGGAGGAGCGGCGGGAGCUGAUCCGGCUGGACGAGUACAAGGCCGUGCUGUCCGUGGAGAUCUCCCGUCUGCAGCGAGCCAUGGGCGACAUCGAGGACAAACUGCGCGAGCGGGACGCCAUCCUGCUGCUCCGGAACAUCAAGGCCCUGCUGCAGAGGCAGCCGCUGAAGUUUGAGCGGCCAGCCCACACCGUCCCCAGCCUGUGUGAAGGCCGGUUCGCUGGGCCUCUGCAGUACAGAGUGUGGAAGUCCCUGAAAGGGAUCAUCUACCCAGCUCCAGCCGCCAUCACCUUCAACGCCAGCACAUCCAACCCCUGGCUGAGCCUCUCCCCUUCCCUUACCUGUGUCAGGUACCAGACCUUCCAUAACCCGGUGCAGGACAACCCCCAGAGGUUCAACGCUGCCCUCUCCCUGCUGGGCAGCCAGGGCUUCACCUAUGGCCAGCACUACUGGGAGAUUGAGGUGUACAGCAGCACCGUUUGGACUCUGGGCGUGGCCCGCGAGUCCGUGGCCAGGAAGGGGGUGAUCAAGGCCCUGCCGGCCAAUGGGUUCUGGACUCUGUCCCUUUCGUACGGGGUCCAGUACAUGGCGGGCACCUCCCCCCCCACUGUGCUGCCCCUGGAGGAGCGCCUGAGCCGGGUCGGGGUCUAUCUAGACUACAAGAGGGGGCUGGUGUCCUUCUACAAUGCAGAGAACAUGGCACACCUCUACACCUACCAGGAGAACUUCACAGAGACCCUCUACCCCUACUUCAACCUGGGCUUUCUGGACAAGGUACAUGAGAAUGAACCCCUCAAGGUGUUCCUUCCCAAAAUCUGACCGGGAUCUCAGCCACAGGCACACAGAGUACACCCCACAUCUGUCUCUAGGCUGGACCAGGACAGACUUAUAUACUUGUGGGGAGGACAGACUGACACAGUACCCUGUAGAGAGAUGCACAGGAAUUCUAGUCCCGCCCCCAGCAAGACUGAGCCAACCGUACCAUGGUUCAGAACACAUCAGGAUCUGUUCAUGUUUCAUCUCAUCUAUUUUUUUUGUGAACAUAUCGCAAUAAUUUUCAAAUAGCACAUAACAAUGAUUGUAAUAAGAAAUAAUCCAUGCUUGUGGUAAAUAUAUAGCAGUUGUGGUUGUGGUGUUAUAGCAGUUAAAGGUGAUAGCAUGAAGAAAUAUUUUGUACUUACCUCAUUUGAAAUAUCUACAUUUAUCACUAAACCAUGAGGUUGUUUUAAUAUAUACUGAUUUAAAAUAUAUACCUUAAAUAUGCCACUUUAAAGCUUAGCUACACCGACAUGUACUAAAAAUAUUCAAUAAAUACCAAAGGCCAUGAACGUU